AUGAAGAACCCUCAGGAAAAUAAAGAGAUAGAUGUACUGCCUGAUCUUCCUGAAGAAAUUAUCUUCGAAAUUCUGAAACGAGUUCCAGCUAAAUACCUUCAUGAAAACUUUAGGUACGUAUGCAAAGGAUGGAAUAAUUUAAUCUCUAGCAGCAUGUUCAUAGCCCAGAAUACUCCACAAAACAAAUCUGGAGUGCUGAUAUCAGUCCCUACCACUGACAUUAAAUGGCCAUCGAAAGUGGUUCAAUACCAAACCAAACUACUGGAGAUGGAUGAUAAGGUGCUUGGCUUCAAAGUCAGUAAUGUUGAUAUGCGUCGAAUGGGAAUGAUUAGGUCCAGUUGUAAUGGUCUAAUUUUAGUAGAUGAUCCGAAACGAAGAGGGGUGUUUCAUGUUAAGAACUUACUCACCAAGUCUUGUCUAACUCUCCCUAAAUGUCACUCUGGUUGUCUACACAAAGCUUGUGGCGCAGCCUUGGGGUUUGACACCUGUAAACAAGAGUACAAACUGGUACAUAUGUAUGCUGAUGGUUAUGGGUUUGAGAUAUUUACUUUGGGUUGUUCUGAUAAUGCCUGGAAAAGGGUUCCAGGACCAUUCAAGUAUGCAUUUGAGCGACCCUUUGACAUGGAAAGAUUUAGAUGGAGAGAUCCUGUGUCCAUAAACGGGCGAAUUUUUCACUGGUAUGUUGACUCAAAUGACUACAUUAUAUCUAUGAAUAUAAGCGAUGAAAUAUCCAUCAGAAUGUAUCUUCCAGAUUCUGCAGGGAAAACCAACGAAUUUAGGUACAAUUUAUUGGAGAUGGGUGGAAAUCUUGCGUUAGUGUACACAGUUUCAGAUACCUAA